CACGCAUUUUAAUGAGUUAUGCGAAAAUAUCGGCCUUGUGGCCCACGGUAGGUAAUCGUAGAGCGAGCGAUCGUGGGUUCCCGACGAUGACCAAUAGCAAGACUCAAGUGACCUAAUAAAAAAACCGAACCCACCAAUGUUGCGUUCAACCCGGUGGAAUAUAGCACAGUUACGACUGACAUUGUCCCCUCCUCCGCAUAGAUAUCGAUAUUUGCUCCACGUGCUCUAUCCCUCCAAACUCUUCAGUUCGUCAGGAUUUUACACUAAGACACAAAAAUGACGCUGUCCAAAAAGCAGAUCGAGCAGUUUGAGAGAGAUGGUUAUCUCCUGGUAGAAGAUUUCAUUGGCACAGCUGAAUGUGAUGGUCUGCUGUCAGCAUGCUAUGGACUUGUUCAGGACAUGAAGCCUGAGGAACAUAAUACUGUUUUUACCACACUGGAAAUGAAGCGAACCUCAGAUGAUUAUUUUAUGACAAGCGGGGAUAAAAUUAGAUUCUUCUUUGAGGAUGGAGCAAAAGAUAAAGAUGGUAGUCUGAUUGUGGACAAACAUAAAUCAUUGAAUAAAAUAGGACACGCUCUCCAUGUUCUUCAUCCAGCUUUCCGCAAAGUCACCUUUAACAACAAAGUAAAGGAAGUAGCAAAGAGUUUGGAGCUGGAAGAUCCUGUAAUAUGUCAAAGCAUGUACAUUUUUAAGCAACCAGGAAUUGGUGGAGAGGUGGUUCCCCAUCAAGAUGCUACUUUCUUGUUCACAACUCCCAUGAAACUGUUUGGACUUUGGAUUGCCUUGGAAGAUGCAACAUUGGAGAAUGGUUGUCUUUGGUUCAUCCCUGGCUCCCACAAAGAUGGUCUGAAUGGAGGCAGACAGAUGAUCAGGAACCCAGACACAGGUGAAGGUCAACCUCGCACAACAUUUACAGCCCCGCCUGUAAAGUAUGAUGACAGUAAAUUCAUCCCAGUUCCUGUUAAACGAGGUAGUAUGGUAAUUAUUCAUGGAGAAGUUGUACACAAGAGUGAACAUAACAAUUCAGAUAAAUCUCGUCAGAUCUACACCUUCCACAUGUUUGACCAAAAGAACACCACCUACAGCAAUCAGAACUGGUUACAGCCAACAGCUGAAGUUCCCUUUACACCUCUUUAUCCAACCUCAGAGUCUCCUGUUUAAUGGUGCCUUACAUCAGGAUCCACCACCAAGAUGGACAGAAAAUUAUACCCUAGUGUGUAGAAUACAAGUAUAUCUGACAGGAAUAUAACUUUAAAUAAUCAGUCAAUAAUCAUGUAUAUUCAGCACUGAAUAAAUACUUUAUAUUAGUCAUUGAUUAAUAUGAAAUUCAGUAGUGUCUUUUGAGUAUCUUGAAAUAGUCAGAAACUCAAAUUAGAUCUUGUCUGUAAUUUUGAUUUUGAAAUUUGUCUAAAAUGUUUGUUAUUCUUAGAAAUCAUAUGGGUGCCUGAUUCUUGAACCAAAACUAUUUUCACACACAUGCAGCAUAAAGAUUUAUACUAGUUGUGUAACGCAUCUCAAUUUAAAGAAACUUUACAAGAAAUCCAUGAUUGUUACAUCACACACAGCAAAUUCACAAUUCGUUUCUAAAAUAGUCCAUCUACCUACCCUAUAGUAUGAUCAAUUAUGUAGUUUUGAAUUAAGGUCAAAUUAAAGCCAGUUUAUAGACUGAUGGUUUACACCAUUGUGUUAUAUACAAAGCAUAAUUGGAUAAAGAAAAAUAGAUUCACACAGCCUUAAUGUUAAAGUCCAAUUUGCACCAAAGUCUGACAGAUGUGUUUGUAAAAAGUUGGUGUUAGUUAUGGGGAUGAGUCUUGAAUUUAGUAUGUAGAAUGUCACAACUUUUGACUGGCCAAAUAUUGACAUCAUCCAAAGUUAAUUGGUUUCAGAAAGUAGGGGCCAUCUGCAUCAACCAGUCACAUUAAUUAAAUAAUGUACUUUAAUUAUUGUGUCUUAUUGUUGAAUAUGUAUGAAAUAGCUUUGGUUGAUACAUAUAGUCCAUGAUUUUUUCUUGAAAAAUUUACAUUUUUUCAAUGAAAAUAAAGAAACAAUAAUGCCUAAGGACAACCUCAUGACUUGUAGGUCCUUGUCCUUUCUCUAUGAAUAUUGAAUAAAAUGUACCUAUCAUUGAUUGAUAUACCUAUAUAAACCUAAAAUAUUGUACUCAGAAGAAAAAAAAUCUGUUGUUGAUAAAUCAUUAUGAAUGUG